GGUCUUCAUAAACGAAGUCGCUUUCUAUGUCAGUACAGCCUAUGGGCUUGUAAUGCAUCAUUAUCGUGGUCGUCCAUGGUAUUCACGUAUCUCACCAUGCUUAGUUUUGGGUGGUUUACCAUUGAGAAAAUUUUGGGACAAAUUACAAGCUGAUGAAAAGAUCACACACAUUGUCAGUCUUUUGGAACCAUUUGAAGUAAAGUCAUUUGUUAUCGGAGAAAAAGACGCUGAAGAUCGUGGCAUUAAAUAUCUUUCUCUGCCUGUUCAAGACUUUUAUGGAGUUCCUACAGUUGAACAAAUUGAUAGGGGAAUUUCGUUUAUCGACAGUUGUGUCCAGUCGAAUGGAUGCGUUUAUAUUCAUUGUAAAGCUGGUCGUACUCGUUCAGCCUACCUACUAACGUGUUAUUUAAUGUCUAAAGAUUCUAUGAAUGUUGAAUCGGCAAUUGAGUAUAUACAAUCUUUCAGAAAGCAUGUGAUGUUUCGUUCACCUCACAAGAUUGAUAGAGUGAAGAGAGAGGAAGAGAUGUUUUGUCUUAAAAUUUACAUUACCUCUGGCAAAAAACACCAACGUGUGGUAGCUGUGUAUGUAUUAACUGUGACUGAUCAGUACGACAAGAGUAUGGAUUUAUCCGUAAGAGAUGUCAAUGAACCAUGUGGUGAUGUGGUAAUUGUUGAUCGUAAACAGCAUAAUACAGAUCGUCUGUCCACUGAUGCCAAUAAUCCUGUAAAUAACAAUGACGAUUUUGAUGAUGAUGAUGAUGAUGAUGAUGAUAAUAAGAUGGACAGUCUGGAUAACUCAACUCUUAGACUAAGACAAAUGAAGUCGAGUCGUGUAACUGAAAUAUCUCACUGUUCUGUUGAUGGACAAAUUCAUCAUAGAGUAACGAAGGCGGCGCACACCAGUAGGAGUAAACUAUAUUCCGAUGGAGAUGCACAGAAACAUCAACUUGUCAAUCAUAUUGAUCAAAAUGUUUCAUCAACAGCUGUCAACUCAGACUACAACUACUAUCGUUUAUGUUUUACAACAGCUUUAUUGCUAAGACUAAUAUUAGUGAUAUUUUCUGUAUGGCAAGAUACAGUUCGUUGGCCAGAUGGUCAAUUACGCUUCACUGAUGUAGAUUAUGAUGUGUUUGCAGAUGGUGCAAAAGCUUUUGUCGCUGGGAAGAAUAUGUAUAUUGAACGUCCUACCUAUCGGUAUUCACCACUGAUUGCAUUAGUCCUGGCUCCAGGAUAUUGGUUAUUCUCUGAUGAUGGUGAAUAUUCAGUGGCGAAUAGAACAGUUGAAGGAGGAAAGUCAUCGAUUCUUCCUGCCCUAGCUCAUCUAUGGGGUAAACUGAUCUUUAUAAUGGCUGAUUUACUCUGUGGUUAUUUACAAUACAUAAUUAUUCAUGACAAACUUAUUAAAGAUCAGUUGGUCAAGCAUCAUCCUGAUCAAAAGACUCAACGAAUUUCAUUGUCACUCACUGCAAGUCGAUUAGCUAUAUUUCUGGUUGCAUUCGGUUGGUUAUUCAAUCCUGUGACAGCUGUAGUCUCUGUUCGUGGUAAUGCAGAUGCAUUGCAAAGUUGUCUUGUCAUAACCUGUCUAUGGUGCAUACUGAAACGUCGUAUCGCCUUAGCUGGACUUCUCUAUGGAUUGUGUAUUCAUCUGAGAAUAUAUCCAAUCAUCUAUGCACUGUCUAUUUAUUUAUGGCUUAUGAAAGAUGAUGGGCAGAACAAGGUGGUGGUCGAGCAUUUGGAGAAGACGAACACGAAGAAGGUUGAUGAUAGUAAAGAUUGUCAGACGUCCAACAGUCAGCUGAGAAGCCUAAUCUUCCUUUUUACAAAAUUACCUAAUCGAAAUCACUUUAUAUUUGGCUUCAGUUGCCUGUUGAGCUUGAUAACAUUGACUGGAUUGUGUUAUGUAUAUUUUGGUGGGAUGUUGUUUCUUCAAAAAGCCUGUCUAUAUCAUUUCAGUCGAUCAGAUUUCAAGCAUAAUUUUGCACCACAUUUUCUAACUGUGUAUUUACUCUCUGGACAAAAAUGGUGGUUAACAACAGCAGCAGCAGCAGCGAGUAGUGGGGAAGUUAUUCCCACUGGAGCGGGGUGGGAUGCUAAUCCUCAUCAACAUCGUAAUUGGUUGAGUAUGCUGUGGAGUAAUUUGACUAAUUCAUUGAUUCACUGGGGCAGUAGUAGUAGUAGUAGUGUUGAUAAUCAAUACUCUGGUUCAAUGAAUGGGGAGAAUUCAUUAUCAUUAUCGCUAUUAUUGGAGAAUCUCAGUGCAAUUCAUUUAAUGGAAGGCAUUUUCAAGAUUGCUACAGUUUUACCGUGUAUAUUGUUAAUACCAUCUUUAUCGUUGAAACUUCACUCCAAUCUUGGUCUAUGCUGGGUAAGUUGA